CUUCCGCGGCUGCUGCUAUGGAAACCGAAAGUGUGGCGUGGCUUGACGGUUCGCGGUAGGCCUGAGGUGUAAGGAGGUGAGAAGGCGGGAAGGGAAGCGCUGUCCAAAGGUCCACCGGUCCUGACUCUGAAUCUGUUUUUUGAUCUCUUGGCAUUUGACAAUAUAGCAGAGCUCUCUCCUGAGACACUCUGUGGAUUUGUGAGCUGUUGAGAUUGCAAAGAUGAGUCAUGGCACUUCCAUGGAUGAAGAAGAAAACGACACAUUUAAAAUUUUAGUUGCGACUGACAUCCAUCUUGGGUAUUUGGAAAAGGAUGCUGCACGCGGAAAUGAUACAUUCGUAACCUUCGAUGAAAUCUUGAAGCUUGCUCAAGAUAAUGAGGUGGAUUUUAUUUUAUUAGGAGGAGAUCUCUUUCAUGAAAACAAGCCCUCCCGGAAAACAUUAUACACUUGCUUAGAAUUAUUAAGGAAAUACUGUAUGGGUGACCACCCUGUACAGUUUGAGAUUCUGAGUGACCAGUCAGUUAACUUUGGUUUUAGCAAGUUUCCCUGGGUGAACUACCAAGAUGGAAAUCUCAACAUUUCUAUUCCAGUUUUCAGUAUUCAUGGCAACCAUGAUGAUCCCACAGGGGCAGAUGCUCUUUGUGCUUUGGACAUCUUGAGUUGCGCAGGACUUUUGAAUCAUUUUGGACGGUCACCUUCUGUAGAGAAGAUAGAUGUUAGUCCUGUUUUGCUUCAGAAAGGCAAUUCGAAAAUUGCUCUCUAUGGAUUAGGAUCUAUUCCAGAUGAGAGGCUGUACCGAAUGUUUGUGAAUAAGCAAGUAACCAUGCUGAGGCCAAAAGAAGAUGAAGAUAGUUGGUUUAAUCUGUUUGUUAUUCACCAGAACAGGAGUAAACAUGGAGCCACAAAUUAUAUUCCAGAACAGUUUCUAGAUGAUUUUAUUGAUCUUGUAAUUUGGGGUCAUGAGCACGAAUGUAAAAUAUCUCCAACUCGAAAUGAGCAACAGCUUUUCUAUGUUUCCCAGCCAGGAAGUUCAGUGGUUACUUCUUUGUCACCAGGAGAAGCUGCCAAAAAGCAUGUCGGCCUGCUGCGUAUCAAAGGCAAAAAAAUGAAUAUGCAGAAGAUUCCUCUUCAGACAGUAAGACCUUUCUACAUUGAGGACAUUGUUCUUGCUGACCAUCCAGACAUAUUUAACCAUGACAAUCCUAAAGUAACACAAGCAAUACAAGCUUUCUGUAUGGAGAAGGUUGAAACUAUGCUGGACAACUCAGAAAGAGAACGUCUUGGAAAUCCCCGACAACCAGAGAAGCCUUUAAUAAGACUACGGGUAGAUUACAGUGGAGGCUUCGAACCAUUCAGCGCUGUUCGUUUCAGCCAAAAGUACAUGGAUAGGAUAGCUAAUCCAAAAGAUAUCAUACAUUUUUUCAGGCAUCGAGAGCAAAAAGAGAAAAAUGAAGACGAGAUUAACUUUGGAAAGCUGGUCCGCAAGCCUGCAUCUGAGGGAACAACUUUAAGGGUAGAGGAUCUUGUGAAAAAAUACUUCCAAACAGCAGAGAAGAAAGUGCAGCUUUCCCUCCUGACUGAAAGGGGAAUGGGAGAAGCAGUGCAAGAGUUUGUGGACAAAGAGGAGAAAGAUGCUAUUGAAGAGUUGGUAAAAUUCCAGCUAGAAAAGACACAGCGGUUUCUGAAGGAGCGGCAUAUCGAUGCAGAGGAGGCCAAAAUUGAUGAGGAGGUGCAACGUUUUAGAGAGUCAAGAAAAAAGAAUACCAUGGAGGAGGACGAGGAAGUUCGUGAGGCUAUAAACCGCGCCAAAGCCCACCGAUCUCAGGGACCUGAUCAUGCUUCUAGUGAUGACGACCUCAUGGAUCUGAGAGCUAAUAAUGAUUCAGAUGAUUCUUCAGCACCCAGCCGGGGGAGAGGCAGAGUUCGGGCAAGAGGAGGAAGAGGGCAGAACGCCACAGCCAGAGGAGGGUCUCGACGAGGAAAAGGAGGCCACAUUGGCCAAGGCCAGAUGAAUAGCAGUAGAACGUAUAAGCCUGUACCCACGCCUACAAAGAAUAUGUCUAUCUUAGAUUCUUUUAAAUCGUCGAGACAGCAACCUUCCCGAAAUAUGCCUGCCAAGAGUUAUUCGGAGGUAAUUGAAGAUGAUGACUCUGAUUUGGAAGAAGGGUCCUUUACUCCCUCUUCCACCGCAAAUCUAAGAUUAUCGAGCACAUCAGCAUCUAGCAGAAGCUGCUCACAGAGCCAGGCACCAAGAGGAAUAAACUUUGAAUCAGAUGAGGAUGAUUUAUUCAAGUCUACUUCUACUUCAAGAAGAAACAGACGAUAGAUUCACUGACAAUUCAGAUGAAAAAAGUUCCCCAGAAUUCUGUGAAGUUGCCUCAAGAUGUAUGCAGCUUUCCCCAAAUCAUUUAACUGUUUAUUAUGCAUUUCCUUGAAACACUUUGUUUCCUUGAUGGAGAAUUAAUUGUUACUUACUCUGUAUAUGCAAUAUCACUGGAGAUGAAUGGGAACACUUAAUAGAUUGGAUAAAGAGUCCCUGCGAAAAAGGGGUGGAGGGGAUUUUUGCAAUUCCUCCUUCCCCUUACACAGGAUCUCCUGAAAU